UUAGAUAUCUAAAAUAGAUUCUUGUUACUACAGGACUAGAAAUUUAGAUCUAGAUUUUGACAGAGUAUUCUAGAUCUAUCUAGUAGACAUUUCAGUCUUUAUCAUGAAAAGGAAUCAUUAUCAUACGUAAGACUUGGUCGGCUUGGUCUUGGACAGUCUUGCCUUCAGGAAAAUGAUUGAAUAAUGAUUAAGAACGACUGAUUUUGAAUCACCUUCUAAAUUUGGACAUGGCUAUUGCGUCAGUCAGUUCAGAAAUUUUCAGACUUGGGACUUUCCAGGGAUGGCCUGGUGCUGACAUUCACUGUAAGACAGUCAAGCCGAAUGCUAUAGAUCUUUCUAAGGCGGGAUUUUUUUAUACAGGAAGUAGUGAUGAGGUCCAGUGUUUUGUUUGUGGGCUCAAAGUAGCGGACUGGGAGCGGCAUCAUGAUCCUUUUGUUGUUCAUGCAACUAGAAACCCACAAUGCCCAUUUGUGUUGGGCAGCGGUAGUGGAAACAUUCCCGUUUUUGUGCCCGCUGAGGCUGCGUACAUGAAAAUCAAGUCAGUGCUGAGAGAGGCUGGCAAUAUGGUGGCUGGCUCUUGGCAGCAGAAUCCCAACACCAGCGUCAUGUAUGACACAUUAAAGUCCUUGUAUGGUCAAGGCCUGCUUAAUCAAGAACCUUCACUGGCUAGUGACACUCCAACUCCUUCCAAUAGAUUACCAUCCAGUAACUCACCCAGGCUAGCUCGUGGAGAGAAACAAGUCAACAGAAUGAAAACAGGCUCUCCUGUUCCUAAAGUUUCUGGAGCACCCAGAUCAUCCUCUCGAACUGUUGACUCCCCACCUGCCAGAAGAAGCAGCACCUCAGAGUCUGCUAUUUCAGAAUCUCCAAGCACCCGUCCCAAUUUUCAACGAGCUAAGUCAUGUGCUUUUGAUCCCCGUUCCUCGCGAAACUCAGAAACAAUAGCGAAUAGACAGACUUCCAACCCUGGGAUAGAUUAUAUGGAAUACCAAGACUCAGAGGAAGCUCGACUCCAAACAUUCAAAAGCUGGUCAGGCGUUCGAGGGGCUUCAGCUCGGGAAUUUGCUCAAGCUGGGUUCAUUUUUAUUGGGGCUCCCGAUAGAGUGCAGUGUGCCUAUUGCCAUGGGAUCCUCCGAAACUGGAACGAUAAUGAUGUUCCUCUAGAGGAACACCACAAACAUUUCCCACAGUGCCAGUUUGUUAAAGAGUUCAUGAGUGCCGUAACUGUCAGCAGACCUAAGCAUCAGAAGUAUAAAACUGAGCCAUCACGUCUCAGUUCCUUCAGCUCAUGGGAUAUGAGCCGAAAUCCCAAACCUUCAGAUCUGGCUAAAGCUGGAUUUUUUUAUGUUGGUCAUGGGGAUAGCGUCAAGUGCUUUUUCUGCGACGGAGGCCUACGUAACUGGGAGCCUAAUGAUGACCCUUGGCGUGAACAUGCCAGAUGGUUUCCAAGAUGCCAGUAUGUCAAGCAGUCUAAAGGCCUUGCUUUCAUUGAGAAUGUUCUGAAAGAUGUCAACCUUACGGAUUACCAGACAGCGUCUGUCGAUGAGACUGAGCUCAAAAAUAUUGUCAAAGCCAGUGCUCAAAGAGAUAUAGACCCUAGAGAGAUCACUGCAAGAAUGGACAGCCCGAUAGUCAAAGCUGUACUUAACAUGGAGAUUCCAAAGCCAAGGGUCAAGGAAGCCAUCAAAACCAGAUUAGCAGAAAAUGGGGAAGAUUUCACUAGUGCUGAAGCACUGCUGGAAGCCAUCUUCAGUUCUAGCAGUGGAGGACCAGGGGAUGUUAGUGAUAGUGUUAGUGACAGUAAGAAUGAACAGGACAGACGCCACCCUAGUGAAUCAGAGAGUCAAGACUCAUUAAAACUGAUGGAAGAAAACCGGCUACUGAAAGAACAGAGGCAGUGUAAAAUCUGUAUGGACGAGGAAGUGUGUGUAGUGUUUCUGCCCUGCGGACAUCUUGUGUGCUGCUCCACUUGUGCCCCAGCCCUGAAUCUGUGCCCAAUAUGUCGCGCCAAGAUUAGAGGGACAGUCCGUACAUAUAUUUCUUAAGACUACUUAAAUACAUUGUGCCAAGAUAAGAGGGACAUUUUUUUCAUACAUUCUUAAGACUACCUAAUUAUGUUUUUAAACAUUUGUGCAAUAUUUCUUUUUUUUUUUUUUACAUUUUAAUAUAUUUUUUUUUUAAACUUAAUAAAAAUCCUAAAUCGUAGCAUUGUAUACGGAAGUAGGAAAUAGUGAAACACAUUAUCUCAGACAUCUAAUUUAACGCUUUUCAUUUGUAUUGAGCUAACUUUUUAAAAUACUGUUUUCUUGCUCAGUCCGCAGUGUCUGUCCUUCAAUGUGUCAUGUUUGUGUCUAUCUUGUGAUAUGAUCACAUGGUCUGUUGCGUCAGUCAUGCAAUUUGUUACGUGUUCAUUCCUGUCUGAUCUGAUGUCUUUAGUUUGUCCAUUUUAUUAUUGCAUUUUUAUUUUGCAUUUUUAUUUUGGUUCUGAAUAAAUCCAUAUUUUCGUGA